AGAGAGUGACUCCCGACUGGUUGAUUGAGCAUGUGGUGCCAAGGACACAUGCCUUUUACGACGGUGUCAACGACAUUUCGCUUCACUUGGCUCUGCCUCUUUUGUGGGCUGCUCUUGACGAAUCUUGGGAGGAGAGGAUGGAGCCUCCCGUUCGUGUUAGGAUCCAAGAUGCGUACGAGCGCAUCAAGGCCGAUAUUCCUGUUGGCGUCAACCCUGUGGUGAAAGUGCCUCUCUCUAUUUGGACGCACAACACCAAGCUCCACAUCAACGAAAUCGAGCCGAUGGAUACGGGAGGUGGCGGUGGCACGGCUGGUGGCACUACGGGAACGACCGGCCAGGCAAGCACUCGUCAAGUUGCCAAUCAGUCUCGGCAGGUGACGGCUAUGCAAACGCAACAGCAGGUACGAACGAACGAGGAGAUUCUGACAAGGAUUAUUGCGCAGCACAACCAGCUCCAGCAGCUCAUUGCGCAGGAAGGUAGGACCCGCGACAGUUCGGCUGCUGCUUUGAGAGGUUGGUUGGAGACUUGGCUUGGCGCGGAGCUGACGAAACUGAAUGGAAAUAUUUGCAGGAUUGCUGUUCAGCCUCCAAGGAUGGCAACACCUGAUCAGGUAGAUGGUAAUCUUUUUAGAAAUGGGUUGACUGUGGAAAGGACUCGCCGGAAUGGCCAGACUAGCCUCAGGUACAGACAAGCUGUGGCCACCACCCCUGCUGAUAGUAGGCCUGCCAAGCUAGCCAAGUACAGAACUGUUGGCUCUGCUUGGCAAGAGUGGAUGCAUGGUAUUGGUGGCAACAAGCCAGCCAAGAACUUCACUGCUGAAGAUAUCAGGGCUUGCAAGUCAACCUACUCCAGGAGGAAGCCACUCUGGACUCUCAUGGCUACACUUGUCAAUGCUCAGAAAGCUCCAGCUUGGGUCAUCUCCAAGAUUGAGGAGCAUUACAAAGGAAGUGUUUUGAAUAUUACUGCUGCCAUCAAGCAGGACACCAUUAUGGGCAGUCUGCAUGAGGAUCUUUGUAUUGUUCGUGCUCAGUAA